GAAAAUUGAAGUUGCCGUGCUCGCGCGUCCAUCUCUUUCCAAUGCCCGUGUGCGCUUCGCUUUCGCUCGCAAUAUCCAAACUGCACGAUAACAAUAAACACGUUCUAAAUUUUCCGCGACUUUAUCCGCUGUUUGUGUGGUGAUAACGGCGCACUAGUGGUGGUUGUGUACGGUCGUAAGUGUGCUUUAUCCAGUUCGGACCAGCGUGUGUGGUGAAAUCCGUUGUGGCAGGAAAAUCCGAGUGUGAAAAACGAAAGUGUGUGAGCAGCAGAAGCCGCCGCCGCUGCAAAACAGUAAUCAUCCCAUCAUCAUCCCCCAUUGCUGCCGUUCUGACAAGCAAUCGGGCCAAGCCCGGGAACGAUUAAUAACACAUAUCGCAGGGGAAAAACAAACUUUUCCUCCACCGGAAAUUGCAGUACGAGUUGAAAUCGGUAGUCCGUUUUGCGAUACUUCAACCUCCAGCCAAGCUGCAUACAAACCGCAACACAAUGCCAAUAGAGGAGGAACGUACAGUCAUACCGGAUGUACCCCGUGGACCGUUGUGCGCUUAUCGUUCGAAGGCACAGUUUAAUUGGAAAGAUUUUAGGCUAGUGUUAGAGGAUAAAGAGCUCGUAAAAAUUAAAUACGACAUAUGGCGUCGAUUAGAAUCGGAACCACUGUUCGCCCCGGUGACGGCAACGCUUUCGGUCGACCAGCAGAAGGAGCGUGCCGCACGGCAGGUGAAUCGGAUCGCCGAUCUCGAGCUGGCGCCGCCGGAAAUCUACUCCAAACCGUACAAGUACCGAGUGCGCUACCUGAUGAGCAUCAACGAAGCGCUGCACGCCGUCUGUCCGAGCCUGUCCGUAAAGAUAGCGCUCGGUGUGGGGUUGUUUACGAACUCGCUGCUCGCGAUGGGUACCGAGCGCCAUCAGGACAUUUACAACAAGGCGUGGAACAGGGAGAUCAUCACCUGUCUAGCGAUCACGGAGGUUUCGCACGGCAGCAAUACGAAGCGAUGCCGCACCACAGCCACGUACGAUCCGAGCACGCAGGAGUUCGUCAUCCACACGCCCGACUUUGAGGCGGCCAAGUGUUGGGUGGGAAAUUUGGGUAAAACCGCCUCGAUGGCGUUACUGUUUGCCAUUCUCUACACCGCCGACGGGGAGAACCAUGGGCUGCAGGGGUUUUUGGUGCCGAUCCGGGACCCGAAAACGUUGCUCCCCUAUCCGGGUGUGACGGUGGGCGAUAUCGGCGAGAAGAUCGGGCUGAACGGGAUCGAUAAUGGGUUCGUGAUGUUUAACAACUAUCGGAUUCCGCGGGAGAAUUUGCUUAAUCGCACUGGGGACGUAACGCCGGAAGGCGUUUACGAGAGUACGUUUAGCGAGCCGGGCAAAAUCUUGGGCGCGGUGUUGGAAUCGUUCUCCGCCGGACGGUUGGGCAUUAUGCAGGAGUCUUCGAACACGCUGUCCCAUGCGGCCGUCAUUGCGGUGAGGUACGCGGCGCUGAGGAAACAGUUUGGCACGGAUCGGAACGGGCCGGAGCAGUCGAUCAUCGAGUAUCAGUUGCACCAAUGGCGCAUUUUCCCGUACUUAGCAGCAGCCUGCGUACUUAAGGUGUCAGUAUUUGCCAUGACCGAGAUCUACCUGGAAACGGUACAGAAAUCGCAGGCCGAAUCGAACGGGUUCGAGCUGCUGACGCAGAUCGUGUCCGAAAUACACGCGCUCGUGUCCUCCUCGAAGCCACUGGUCACGUGGACGGCACGCGAUGCGAUACAAGAGUCGCGGGAAGCGUGCGGUGGUCACGGUUAUCUGCGGGCGGCAAACUUGGGCGAGCUGCGCAACAACCACGACCCGAGCUGUACUUACGAGGGGGACAAUAAUGUGCUCGGCCAGCAGGCCUCGAACUGGCUCAUCCGGCAGUGGAAGAAUGCGAAGGUGGAAAGUCCGGUCGGGACGGCUAGCUUCAUCACGCGCAGAGACGCGAUACUGGCCAGCGACUUUGAGACGCUGCUGCGAAAGGGAGUUCACAUCGCGAGUCCGGAGUUUGUUAGCCAAUGUUACGAGUGGCUGAUGUGUUGGUUGCUUAAGCAGAGCGUAGCACAGAUGGAGGAAGCGAGCAAGGUCGGGCUGGACACGUUUACGGCACGCAACAAUUGUCAGGUGUAUCGCGCGAGGGAUCUAAGCCGUGCGUACGCAGAGCACUACGCACUGGAGAGCUUCAGGUCCCGAUGUGCACGAGCCGACGUUAAGGGGGACCUACGCCCCGUUCUCUUCCGCGUGUACCUGCUGUACGGGAUGUGGUGUCUCGAUCGACACAUGACCACCUUCUACGCCGGCUCAUUCGCCAACGGUUCACAGUUUGCCGACGGCGUGCGUGGUACGCUGCUGCGCAUCUGUGACGAGCUGAAGGACUCGGCGGUGGCCAUUGCCGAUGCGCUGGCGCCACCCGACUGGGUCCUCAACUCGGUGAUCGCCAAAUCCGACGGCCGGCUGUACGAGAACAUUCAGUCCGUGUUUAUGACCAACCCGGGUGCGCUCGAACGGGCCGCCUGGUGGAAGGACGUGAUACCAUCGAAGCUAAAAAGCAAGCUGUAAAACUCACAUCGCUUGGAAUGGGAAACGAACGGAAACGAGGACACAGGGUACAGAGACGAGAGAGAGGCUGAUGCAGUAGGAAAGUAUUUUACGGGUUUCUAUUUUGCGUGUAAUGUUUUAGGAGUACGUUUUACCCUUCCCCACUGGACAAGGACGAAACCAUAAUAAUUCGUCCACACACACACACACACACAAUGUGCAUAGGUGCAAUCUCCCACGCGGACGUGACCGUUCGUUCAGCGUAAGAACAAAACGAAAACAGAAAAUUGUAUUACCGUCGUGCGUGAGCGUGAUCCUUAUCAACGCAAACCGAAGGUAUAAAACGAAAAGCCCGUGUGUGUGUGUCGUGUGAGGUAAAUGUUUCCCAGUUAGUUCCCAACCUGUGUGUGUGUGCGUGUGUAAGAUGUUGUUUGAAUGGUGAUAAGGGGUGUAAGUGCGUUUAGCGGAAGCUACAAUGGUUCUUAACUAAAAAGGGACAUCGUUGUAAAUUUAGCCCCACGCUGGAGGACUUUUUCUAAGUCUACCGAAUCCAUCUCUCGAAUGCGGAUAAGAGAUUUUUGUCAGUUUUGGACAGAGUCUAUGUAUGGAGGUGUGUGUGUGUGAGUAGUAGAAAUAGGCGCACUGUAAUGUCCUAGCAUUAUUCGGCUAUAGAGGAGUGUUCGGAAGUCCGAUUCUUAACUCAAGAAGAGUUCAUUUUGACGGCACAAUUUGCUUGAACCUUUUGGUUACCAUCUAAUCAGCAUCUUGGGAGCCUCUCCUGAAGAUUGCAGAAUUGUCAGAAAGCAACGAAGAAAAUCCUCUCCUUGGCUAAUAUUUGCAAAACGGUGUCCCUAUUUAGAUUAGGCUCACUGUUUUACGUAUAUGUUGUUCGUUGUUCGUCGUGUUCGUUUCGUUAGUAAUUGAUGUCUGGCAAAUCUAUCCCAUCGUUUGUGCUUUCGAGCGAUUGCGUACACAUAUUCUAGCUGUUAGUAUAUCCAAUCCCUCAGUGAACUCAGUACAACUCUCUCAUAAUACUAUUGGAAGUCGCGGUCAAACCGAAAAUUUGUCCUUCGUUUUAAAAUUCUUCCUUCCCGGUUUGGCUAGUUUGAAGUAAUUUCUCGUGUGUUUGUUAAUUUAACCCUGAAAAAACAAAAAACACAAACGGAGGUUCCCCUCUUAAAAGAGCCUCUCACCAGGACAAAUCAAUUUGUGAAAACGAAAAUGUGUCUUAUUAUAUUCCUAUAUACAUACAUACAUAUAUAUAUCUACAUCUCGAGAGUAAUGAUCAGCCUAGCUAGAGAUUGUAUAGUACGUAUUGAAACGGAGGAUGAUUAAGAAUUGCGUGUUUAGUGGAACCUCCCCCACCCGUAAGCCGGAAGUCAUCUACGUGUAUGUGUGUUAUCCUUGUCUUUUUAGAUGUCUGCUCUGUCGUUUAGAACGAUCCUGUUGUUGAUCCACGUUGUAUUUUAUAUCGUUCAACCCACCAGUCCGUGUAUUAGGCGAGCGCAAUGCUAGUAAUAACGUACAUGUGAUGAUAUACAUAUGGAACUCCUCCUUUCCUCUGGAUAUAAUCGUCUGUGUGAUGUUCCCUCUUUACCUGCACCGACACACUGUUUUUUGAGCAACUAGGGUAAUGCGGAUCAGAUCCAAGAUCGAUCGACUACAGUGAGAGAGAGAGAGAGAGAGGGAGAUAGUGUGUGUCAUAUAGCUUUGAGGAUAAGGGCGAUAAGUAGCAGGUAGUCGAGAUCACCUAUAUAUAUAUACAUCUUCUUAUAUAUACACCACAACAAUACACUCCUUGUAUGAAUGGAAACAAACGAAUACAUACGCAAAAAGUGGCUGGCGUUUCUUGAACGACCCUCCCUAAA